AUGCCCAACCGCCUCGCGAUAAGCACAAUGUCCCUCGGGCGGUGCUAUGCCGGGCACUCCAUAGAGCACCGGCUCGACCUGGCCCAAAAGUACGGCUACGAGGGCAUCGAGAUGUUCUUUGAGGACCUCGCCCACGAGGCCGAGCAGAUCCGGCAGCAGCAGCCAAACCCCUCCUCCUCCUCCCCCGCCACCUCCACGCCGCACACGGUCGAGACCAGCCAGCUCGCCGCAGCCGCGCACAUCCGCAAGCUCUGCCGCGCGCGCAACCUCGCCGUGAUCUCCCUGCAGCCCUUUCUCAACUACGACGGCCUGCUCGACCGGGACCAGCACGCCCGCCGCGUCGGCGAGCUGCAGCACUGGAUCUCGCUCGCCCACGCCCUGGGCACCGACCUGAUCCAGAUCCCGUCCAGCAUGCUCCCGUCCGCCCAGACCACCAGCGACAUGGCCGCCAUCGUGUCGGACCUGCGCGAGGCCGCCGACCUCGGCCUGGCCGCCUCGCCGCCCGUCCGCUUCGCCUACGAGAGCAUCGCCUGGUCGUCGACCUCGGACCUGUGGGAGCAGUCGUGGGAGGCCGUGCGGCUCGCCGACCGGCCCAACCUGGGCGUGUGCCUCGACACCUUCCACAUCGCCGCGCGCCUGUUCGCGGACCCGACCCGCCCCGACGGCACCGUCCCGGGCUGGGAGGCCGCCGUGGAGCAGUCGGUCGCGCGCCUGGCCACCUCCGUGAGGGAGGAGCCGCAUCGCGUCUUUUGGGUCCAGGUGGCCGACGGCGAGCGCCUGUCCGCCCCGCUGCUGCCGGGCCACGAGUUCUACGCCGACGGCCAGCCGCCCCGCAUGAGCUGGAGCCGGAACUGCCGGCUGUUCUACGGCGAGGAGGCCCGCGGCGCCUAUCUGCCCGUGAAGCAGAUCGCACACGCCAUCUUCAAGGCCGGUGCGUGGGAGGGCUGGGUCUCGCUGGAGUUGUUCCACAGGAGGAUGGCGGACGAGGGGAGGGAUGUGCCUGAGGAGCUGGCCGCGAGGGGCGCUGCUUCGUGGGAGAAGUUGGUGGCCGAUUUGCAGAUGAGGGUAGAGCGUGUUCCAGACAGGGCGGCUACUGCGUCCUUGUAG